UCAUACAGAGCGACAAGAUAAGGCGGGGCAAAAGCAGAGAAGUUGGGAAGUUUUGGAAGAAACAGAGAGAAAAAUGAAAAGGGAGAGAUGAGUCUCGCUCUGGCGGUGGCGCUUUCAGUUUCUCCAUCGGCGACUCCCGGAGCUUGCGGCGGAGGAAGAAGAAGAGUGAACGCCGCCGCGAUGUCGUCGGCGAGCAUGAGCAGUGGCCGGCCGUCGAAACUGAUGGAGUUUCCGCAUCUGACGGCUCCGCACAGAGAUCUGAUGGUGGAUCUGAUCCAGGCCGUCGAAGAUAGGCUGGAGGAUCAUCUUCUUCCUUCUGCGGUUCCUCCCGAUGUUGAAUUUUACCAGAAUCCGAGCGGCACUUCGCAGGGCACGCUUCUCUUCCGAUCUGGUUCUCCAAUUUCUCCUAUUGAUUUCAUGAUAGCAAGUUGGCUACACUUAAAGCAACCUCAGGGCGGCGCGUUCAACAUAACCAACAUCGCCGGCUACCUGAAAACCACAAACGACAUCCCUCAUUUCCAGUUCGAGCUGGUGCAAUGCAGCCCCAAUUUCGUGAUCUUCUUCCUCGACUUGAUCCCACGAAUCGACAUCACCCUCCGCCCGGACUACCUCGCUGCCUACUACGAGAACACCGGCCUCGAGCAGCACCGCCAGCGCCUCGCUGCCGUCCCAGAAGUAAGCCCCUACUUCUCGUCGUCGCUCUACUUCCGAAAAGUCGUUUCGCCGACGGGAAUUCUGGUGAGUGUGAAGUGCGAGUCGGGGCAGCGCGUGGACGAGAUCGUCCGGGAUCAGAUCGGGCCGAUCUCGAAGGAGGUUUUGAGGACAUGGAUGGAGCUGUGCCUGAAUGGAGGAGGAGGAAGAGAGAUUGCAGAAGAUGAAAAGAUUUUGUUGGAGAAGAGAGACCUUAUGAUUAAGAAGAAGGCAAUAGAGAUGGAUUUGAGCAAAACAAUGCCGUUGCAAUUUGGAGAAGAAGUUGCACACAGAGUUCUUCAAGUUAUUAGAACUGCUUUCAACACAGCUGCUUGAUGAUAUAUAUAGUUUUCUACAAGUGCUUUUUCUUAGUUUAGAUGUUUAUAUUUCCAUUGCAACAACUUUUUUUUAGCCUUGAUGUGAUCAAUAUAAAGAACUAGUGGGACUUUUAGUAUAUCAAAUUAUGGGGAUAAAAUGAUGAUUAAUUCACAUAACUAUAACUAAGAAUUAUUCUUUUCCUUU